GUCUAAUUUUGAGAAUUGAAAAAACGACUAGUUUGAAAAAACGGAAAAGCAAAAUCCCCAAACUUAUAUUAGCGGAAGAGAUUGUUUCUAUCAUUCAGAUUUGGAUAGGAAAAAGAGUAAAAACAACAGAAAAUCUUCGUUUCUUUCCUUGCACUGAGAAAAUAAUAAAUCCUUGCAGAAAACCCAAUUGACCGCUGGAACCAUCGAAUUCGAAAUACACUUGUAUCUGUUCUUUUUUAUCUCUUCAUAUAAUUGGACUGAAAUAAGCAGAAGAAAAAAGCGAUGCGGAGUAAGAAGAAGAUGAAGCUUCAGCUUUGCUUCACCUUCUCCUCCUAUUGAUUUUCGCCCCCCUUUUCAUGGCCUCAUCUCAACAUCGCUGCGUUUUUGUGGGGAAUAUACCAUAUGAUGCUACUGAAGAACAGCUUAUAGAAAUCUGCAGGGAGGUUGGCCCUGUUGUUUCCUUCAGACUGGUGAUUGAUAGAGAAACUGGCAAACCAAAAGGCUACGGGUUCUUUGAAUACAAGGAUGAGGAGACAGCUUUAAGUGCUCGACGGAAUCUUCAAGGUUAUGAGAUCAAUGGCCGGCAAUUACGAGUUGAUUUUGCUGAAAAUGACAAAGGCUCUGAACGAAAUCGGGAACAGCAGGGUCGUGGUGGACCUGGAAUAGCAGCAAAUAUUGUUGGUGGUCCAGCAAUCCAGGGUGAAUCUGUCCAGCACCAGCCUAUUGGUCUCCAUUUGUCUAUUACUGCUGCAGCUCUCAUGGCUGGUGCUCUUGGUGGCACGCAGGCUGGUCUGCAGCCUAAUCAAAAUGUUUUGCCAAACCAGUCUGCACCAGCCAGUGACCCCUUAACACUCCAUCUUGCGAAAAUGUCCAGGAGCCAGCUGAAUGAAAUUAUGUCCGAGUUGAAGAAAAUGGCUACACAAAAUAAGGAACUAGCCUGUGAGCUGUUGCUUUCAAAACCCGAGUUGCUGAAAGCUAUUUUUCAGGCACAAAUAAUGCUAGGAAUGGUCACCACAGAAGUGUUGCAGAUGCCAAACAUUCAACAGCCUCCUGGUCAACUAGCAGAGAUUUCUAUACAAGAUGGUCAGCAUAGUAAGCAGCCAAUACCACAAACUCUACAUCAGAAAGCUCAGACUGGCUUGAUCCCUAAAGUACUAGAAGGUCAAAUGUCUGCUAUGCCUCUUAAUUCUUUAGCUGACAACCAAUUUUCUGCAACUGUGCAAUCAACUUUACAUCCUCAAACGCAGCUUCCACAAUAUUCCUGCAAUCAUGUUCUACCACCAGCUGCUGCACAGUCUUUUGUUCCCAAACUUCCUUCGCAAAACCCCCUUGUCAGACCACAAAUUCAGGUGUCAAAAUCCUCAUCUUUGAACCAGCAUCUGCAGACAUCAUUGUUACACUCGGGACAGCUUGCAACUGCUAAUUUAAGUCACAACAAUCUAAUGGUAUUGCCAAAUGCGAUCAUGCAGUCAACUCCUUUGCCUACUCCCUUACCAGAUUCUAGAUUUCAGUCUGGUCCAUCAAUAACACCAGUCUUUGCAGAGAAGUCAAGUGCGGUUCACUGUCCUUCAGAAGCAAUAAAUAGGCCAUCAAAAAUGGUAAAAUUAGAUGAUGGAAGAAGCAGCUCUUCCUCAACAGGGGCUUUGAAUAUGUCCAAUGCAAGUGGUUCUCGAAUAUCAAAAACAUUUGGUGUUGAUUCAACACUUUUCAAUAAAAUAACUAGAUCAGAAGAGGUGCAAUAUGCUGAGAAUCCUGUUUCUCAGCCACAACUCGCACCUGAUAUGGAGUCUGUUUUACUACAGCAAGUGCUAAGCCUAACACCAGAGCAGUUGAGUUCAUUGCCACCUGGACAACGCCAACAAGUCAUUCAACUUCAACAGGCAUUGCGACAAGAUCAGAUGCAGGCAUCAUAGCCAGCAGACUUCCAAUGCAAGGUGUUGUCUUCCAUCAUCUUUUAACUUACUGGAAGGAGUAGCACUCUGCUGUCUAUUCAUUGUUUUCUGAAUGCGUGUAAAAUUAUUUUAUUUUUGCAGAAGAAUACAGUUCUAGAUUUGUUAAUCAAAUGAGCAUAGACCAUGAAUGUAACAUUUAUAAGCUUGUUACGAGAAUAUAGGAAUAGGAGAAAAAAGAAGCAAAAGAAUUUUGUAUUAUGUUCUCGUUGUUUGUUUUUGGAGCCAUUUGGCUUUACCUUUUGCCUAACUUGGGACCUGUGGACUUAGGUAGUUAGCUAUGUAUCAACUAAAAAUUUUCGGAA